UCUUGGUUUUCUUUUAAUUUCUGUAAAAGAUUAAUUAAUAACUAGGGGGGAGGAAAGAAAUGACCAACCCACUGAGGGGAGAAGUUAUCAGAUUGUACAAGAAUCUUCUCUAUCUUGGAAGAGAUUACCCAAAAGGCACUGUAUACUUCAGGGAGCGCUUAAAAACAGCUUUUAUGAAGAACAGAGAUGUCACCGACCCUGAGAAGAUCCGAAAGCUUGUUGAUCGAGGGGAGUUUGUAAUUAAGGAACUCGAGGCCCUGUAUUUCCUUAGGAAAUACAGAGCGAUGAAGAAACGAUAUUAUGACCCCGAACACUAAUGCCUCUGCUUCUCAUACAAAGAAUGGGACAAAAACACAAACUCUCAUUAAUAAACUUUAUUUAGACAUCAGUAGCAUUUGAAGAUCAAAAGGCUGUUGGCGUAAAGGAUGGUGUUUAUCUCAUAAAAAAAUCUACUACUUAUAAUAGAUACAAUCCUUGGUAAAACAAGGGUCACAACAUACAAAUUAUCCAUAUAAUUUGUUUAGGGUGGCAUCAUUUAUGUACAUUGCAUGUCAUUGUAAAAUUGUCAUUCUACCCAAGUGAAAACUACCAUUUCUUGUAAAUAACUGCCCUAUAUUUAUGAUGGUGGAACACAGCAAUUACAGAAAUGUGUUUUUAAGAAGAUAGCUUUCCUGGUUUCAUGUGUAUUUUAAGGUACUCUAUCAGUUAAAAUGCUGAAAGGUGAAAAAGUGAUGGUUUAUUGUACAAAUAUAAGAUGUCUUCACUGUAAAAACAAAACAAGUGUCCUAUGUUAGGGUUCUACGGGACUGAUAUUUUGUGAUGUCUAACUCAACAUCACAAAAUGCAAUGUUGGUGUUACCAGAUUUCUUCUCAUACUUCCCAACCAGGUCAAA